UUAGUUCAUGCCACUACCUCGUUGGACAUGGACCAACCUCAGAAAGUAGUAGAGAACACCGAGCCAAAACAGAGAGGAUGCUAGUAGCACUGAGGACUCGCCUCAUAGGUCUCCAACUCGCUUCUCUCCCAUUCCUCUCAUCUCCUCCAUCUCGCAAAACACCCCUAUUCACUCUCUCUUUUCGACACUCCUCUCACUUUAACCCUAACAACCCUAAUCCUCGCUCCUCCCAUCAUGUUUCCGCCGCAAAAGGUUCCAAACCGGCGGUUUCCGACGCCCCCAAGUUCCUCCGAACCGUCCUCUUUAUCCCUCCCGGAGUCGAACCCGAAGAGGUCACCGAAGACAUGAUCCUCCCCGGUUCGAACAUCGUGCUCGGACCGUACGUCGGCGAUGCCAAAAUCAAGGAGGUCGAGUUCGUCAAGAGCAGCGGUCGGGCUAAGGAUUGCCCCAAGGACGACCGGCCCGAGUUCGCCAUGCUCGGGCGGUCCAAUGUCGGCAAGUCUUCUCUCAUUAACGCUCUUGUUCGCAAGAAAGAAGUUGCCCUCACUUCUAAAAAGCCAGGAAAGACUCAAUUGAUUAAUCAUUUCUUGGUUAACAAAAGUUGGUACAUUGUUGAUUUGCCUGGAUAUGGCUUUGCUAAUGCCCCAGAAUCUGCUCGAAUGGAUUGGUCCGCAUUCACCAAGGGCUACUUCUUGAAUAGAGAAACUCUGGUUGCCGUCCUACUUCUAAUUGAUGCUAGUGUACCACCUCAGAAGAUCGACCUUGACUGUGCUAAUUGGCUUGGACGGAACAAUAUACCAAUGACUUUUGUUUUCACAAAAUGCGACAAGAUGAAGGGUAAGGGGAAAAGGCCUGAUGAGAACAUCAAAAAUUUUCAAGAGCUGAUGAGAGAAAAUUACCGGGAACAUCCUGCAUGGAUAAUGACCUGCAGUAACACUGGUUUGGGCAGAGACGAGCUUCUUUUGCACAUGUCACAACUACGGAACUUUUGGGAUAACUAGUACAUCCUAGUCAAACCUUGCAAUUUGUCCUGUUCUGUUCUGGAAAUGGUAACUCCAAAACCUAGUGAUUUUAUAUAUUGAUUAGCCAAUUAAACAUAUGAUGUUGAAAGUAUCCUCAGGAAUUGCUCAAUUGCUUAAAUUUUGUAAGCAUUGAUUUUUUCUGUGGUGGGGUGUAAAUUCCUCUGUAUGUACAUGCUUAAUUUGUGUUAUACAUUUCUCAAAAGCAUUAUCAUUGUCUUUGUACUGUGUAUAGACUAUUUUAUUCCUGUUA